AUGGAAUCAGGCUUCGGUCCUGAAACUGGUAUGGAUUCUCUUCUUCAAACCGCAGUCUAUCUGUCCAAAUGGUAUACUACAGAGGUGUUGGAGGGCGACAUGAGCAACUUCUGGGUAAUCAAUACAAAACAGAAGAACUCUUGGUUAGCAAAUAAAUUACUACGGCUCAGAGCUACUGCCUAUGACUGGAUCAAGCAUCAAGUAGGAAAUGGAGAAAGGACUUACUUCUGGACUUCAAAUUGGUCACCAUUUGGUAAGAUAAGGGACUACUUGCAAGGGGAAACAACCUCCUCUGUAGGUAUCCAAUCGACUGUGACGCUAGCUGAAUUAUGGGAAGAAGAUCAUUGGGAGGCGCCGACGGUUCCCUGGCAUAAACAAGUCUGGUUUGGAGGUGGGAUUCCAAAGCAUAGCUUCAGAACAUGGCUUAUGGUGUUGAAUCGCUGCCCUACUCGCGACCGCAUCCUACAGUGGGGUCUGUCAACAGAUGGAAAUUGUCUCCUCUGUAACGCCGCACCGGAAUCCAGGGACCACAUUUACUACGCUUGUGCUUUCUCCUCGGAAGUCUGGAUAACAUCUCUGGCCGGUAAAACCACUCCCCUUCUCUUCACUGGAACUUGCAGCUACAGGCUCUACAGAGUCAUAGAGGCAAUAGACUCGCUCGGAAGCUUCUUCUCCUGGCUUGGCAAGGAACGGUCUACUCACUAUUUGGUCAGAGAGAAACAAUCGACUCCACCGGAACACCUCUCGUUCGCCUCAAUCGAUUAUUAA